AUGCCCAUUGCAGUCGUCACAGGAGCUAAUUCGGGUAUCGGACACGCCAUCGCCGAGUUGCUCAUCGGAGAGGGUUAUGAAGUGCAUGCUGCAGAUCAUGUAGUGGGCGAAAAACUCCAAGCCCUACAAUGCAGACUCCACCGUCUCGAUGUUCGAUCUCAGGAGUCAAUCGCGGGUUUCAAAGCUCAAAUGGCCGGGAAAUCAAUCGACGUCUUGCUCAACGUAGCGGGCGUCAUGUCUGCAAAGGAGACAGAUACUCUCACGACCGUGAACAAGGAAAUCCUGACCAAGACCUUUGAGACAAACACUUUUGGGCCACUGCUGCUCACCCAGGGCUUGCUCGAAAACCUCCUUGCAGCAGAGAACGCAAAGGUUGGUAUCGUGAGCAGCAGAGUGGGUUCCAUAGGUGAUAAUUCUACGGGUGGAUCGUAUGCCUACAGAGCUUCCAAGGCAGCAGUCAACAGUGUGGGAAAGAGCAUGGCCUGUGAUUUGCAGGAACAAGGAGUAGUUGUCACGUUGCUUCAUCCUGGGAUUGUACGCUCGGGAAUGAAUCCAGAUGUUGCUGAGUUUCCUGAGGCCGUGGAGCCUGAUGUUGCGGCCGCUCAAUUGUGGGAAGUGUUCAAGAGUAAGGGAAUCGCUGAAACUGGGCGGUUCUGGCACAGAGAGGGCUACGAACUGCCAUGGUAG